CGUGAGCUGAAAAAAAAAAGAAGGGACUUGGUCGUGUCCGGUUGUGCAAGGUUGGGGGAGGGCACGGGGUGCAGCUGGACCACCAUAUAUCAACCCUUUCAGCCCCCUCGCACUAACGAGUGCUUUCUCCCCUGUAAAACAUGAAAAGAGGCUUGCGUGGCCAGCUGCCAGAACUGAUCGCAGCUCUACGGCCGCCAAUUGACAGAGUAUUAGUAGUUCGGACGAAUGUCAUUUUACAUCUGAGCCAUCACUGACCUAGCCGAACCGCCUUUUUCACUUCUCUCACACUCACCGAAUAUUCAAACAUUAUGGCACCAUCAUCACACCCCAGGAAGCGCAUCGUUGUGUGCUGUGAUGGCACGUGGCUCGACAGUGACGGUGACUACCAGACUCCCAGCAACGUCACCCGAAUUGCCAGAGCUGUUCCUCCCGUGGGCGUCGACAAGUCCACCACGCCCCAUCAGCCGAUCACCCAGAUCGUCUUCUACCAGAAUGGCGUUGGCACUGGCUCUCCGUCCUUGUACGACCGAUUCAUCGGAGGGGCCACUGGCGAGGGUCUUGCAGAGCACAUCCGAGAAGCAUACAGCUUCAUCUGUCUCAACUACAACCCCGGAGACGAGAUUUUUCUGUUGGGUUUCUCGCGAGGUGCUUUCACCGCCCGCUCAAUCUCCAGCCUGAUCAAUGCGGCUGGUCUCCUCACCUCGAAAGGCCUGGAGUAUUUCGUUCAGGUCUUUGAGGACUGGGAGUUUCAGCAGAAGAAGGACUUCAAGACCAGGUGGCCAGACCUGCCCUUUGUGGGCCACAAACCCCCGGUCACCCAUCCAGACUACCAGAGGCAGCUCAUCGAUAAUGGACUCACCCGGCCGAACAUCAAGGUCAAAUGUGUCGCCGUCUGGGAUACUGUCGGUGGACUGGGCAUCCCCAUGAUCGGACUCUUGCCUCAGCCACCCAGUACAGACUUUGCCUUUGUCGAUACUCGGGUCGAGUCGAAUAUCGAGUACGCAUUCCAGGCACUGGCUCUCGACGAACAUCGGCGGUCUUUCUCUCCGACCAUUUGGGAUUGGCCACAUGUCGAGUCCUACGAUUUGAAGAUCCUCAAGCAAUGCUGGUUCCCGGGCGUGCACAGCGACAUCGGCGGCAGCUACGACGACACCGCCCUCGCAAAUCUUACCCUCGCGUGGAUGAUUAGCCAGCUGGACCCAAUUCUCACAAUCAACCACGACUACAUCAUGAGCUACAUUACGCCAGUCCAAAAGGACGACCUGACCCUGUCCGGACGACAUCAGACAUUCACCCACGAAGGCCGCAUGGCCACAGUCAGCAACACCACACCGCACCCCCGGCCUUGGGGGUUGGGCAAAAUCCAUGACAGCAUGAGCUUCUUCUUCAAGCUGGGCGGCUCGCGUAUUCGCACUCCUGGAGAUUACCGCGAACAAGAGCUUGCAUCCCAGCAUGGGGUGCUUUUCUGGAUGCUGUACAAGAUCUUCCAUCGGCUCACCAGCCGCUUCGAGGACAAGCACCACGCCCUCCCGCGACUGAGGAGGACCAAUGAAACAAUCCACAGCAGCGUCCGCAUCCGCAUGGGCAAACACGGUCUGGGCUACAAUGACAAGGGGGCAUACGACUCACAGGCACUAGAAGGGUGGGUCAUGCACGGGGUUGAAACCAAUCCCGACACUCCCAUUGCCAUUAGUGCCCCUGGGGCUGUGGGUAAGAUGAAGAGUGUGGUGUGGAAAAAGCAGGUCUACCCAGAAAAGCUCAUCGAACCCCCGUCCCUCAAUGGGGAGAGAAAGGGCAAAGUCGAGAUCUUUGAGAGCAAGGGCAAGACACACUGGCUCGAGCUAGAGGAGGAACCGCUGGGCGCCUUUGAGCGGAAGAUCCUGCAAGAGUGGCCCGUGGGCGACAUUAAGAAAGACUUUGACACCAUUGUCCCCGGAAGGCACCAGCAAAAUGUCGACCGCGCACAUACGGUACCCUUGGACGGGCAUGACCACGUUCGGGGUGCCUCCAGCAGCAGCGCAGGCAGAAACGGAGAGCCACUAACCGUGCAGACUGGGAAGAGGAGGAGUGAGACUACCUAGGUGAUUAAGUCCCCUACCUCAUUCCACGGUUGGCUCCGACGGAAGCAAGGCGGCUUGUUCUCGGAGGACAGCGGCAAAGACAGCAUCUUGCCCGUUUGAUAUUCGGUGAGAAGAGCAUGGGAGUGAAUAUUCGUAUUUACCUCAAGGGGUUUGCUUGAUUGAGUGAGUGGGUAGGUGAGUGAGCGAGAUGAACAUCGAUCGGUUACAUUGCAAGCGCUGGAGAUUGGGAAAUGAGAAACAGGAAACAGGAAACAGGGAUGAACGGCAUAAGGUCAUCGGCAUACUAAUCAGAGACGAGGGUCAGUUCGGCGGCGGGAGGGCCACUCAUCACAUACCAACAUAGCUGUCCAGCUACAUCGAGACAUUGCAUAAGUUGGUAUGUCACCAAACUGAGUUAAUUCGUAAUGGGAACAUUGGCUUUCUCCUCCGCCACCGUGCAAAAUCCAG